UUCACGUAAAUUCUGAUUGUGGACAAAUCUGCAAAUUGAGUCAUGGUCGUUUUGGAGCGAGUGGCGCGUUAGAACGCUUUCAGGGUGGAGGAGCUGCGAACGUUGAAUUCGAAGGUGGCCGGAAUUCUAGUGUGAAAUUACUCGAUCUCAGACUGAAAUCUCACCCAUUCGCUCGAAACUUCCCUCAACAUCGACUUGAUAACGAAGAUGAAUCAAGUUAAUUGGUGUCGUGUAGAAUAGACAACAAGAAUCGUAACGAUGUCUAGAUAAGAACUGUUUUCAUUAGUUAAGAUUUGUUGAAUGUUUCAUUGCAUCGAACAAUCUCAGCGUGUCGUUCGCGAUCUCUACGUCAGCAGCGAUUGCUUUCUACGGUGAACUACUUUGAAUAGAAUCAACUCGAGAACAUGGACGUGCUGGCGCUCGCAGCGGACCCCACUAAAGGAAACACGGCCAAAGUGCUCGCCAUCUUCAUCCUUGGUAUUGGGAGCCUUUUCGUUGGUCUGUUGCCUGCCACAAUCUCAGAAAGGAAUCGCCGAAGGUAUCCGUUGAUUAUAUCAAUUCUGCUAUGCUUUGGAGCUGGAGUCCUGUUGGCUACGUCCGUUGUGCAUAUGCUGCCCGAUGUGCGCGAGGAGAUGCCAAAAUAUGCUGAGGUUGUGUUCUGCUGCGGGUUUUUCAUAAUCUAUUUUAUCGACGAACUUGUGCAUUUGUUUUUCGGUGAAGCCAUCCAGCAUCGAAGUAGGUCGAAUUCACAAGGAAGUUUACACAGUCAUCAUUCGCACACAAGGCCGAACUAUGGAGCGGAUCGGGAGACAGAGUCAUUGCUGAAUACGAAUGCUGGACAUCAUCACGCCCAAGAUCCAGAUGCCUGCAGCCAUGGCGAUCCAAGUGCCCCAAUUUGUCAUGUUAGCCACGAAGAGCCCUGUACAGAAAACAUGACCGGCACAUUUGGGCUGCUUUGUGCUCUGUCCUUACACGCUUUCAUUGAAGGUCUUGCGAUAGGCGUCCAAGACUCUAGUAACAAAGUCAUGAUUCUCCUUGUGGCUGUAGCUUGCCAUAAAUACGUUAUGGGGUUCUGUUUAGGUCUGGAGCUGUGUGCCAACGCUACAAGCACUCUCCGAUCUCAUCUCCUAGCCAUAUUAGUAUUCUCACUAGGUUCAGCUGUUGGUAUCGGAAUAGGAAUGAUUAUUGUAGAUCUACCGGAUACAUUGACGAAGUCUGCACUGCCCAUAUUGCAAGGGCUAGCAGGUGGAACGCUUCUGUAUGUUACCGUUUUGGAAGUAUUGCCGCGCGAAAAAGCACGGUGGCAUCGCAAUAGACGAAGAAAAUAUGCUGGUGUCACCCAGUUUUUAGCUGUUGGCUGUGGAUUCGCUGUUAUGACUUUAAUUAAUUUUUAUAUUGGUGACUAAGCACAAAUCUCAAACUGUUCCUAAUUUGUUUGUAUGUAUGUUAUGUAAUUAAGUGUACCAAAGUCCUGAUGUACAGAAUAUAUUUCUAAUAAAUUUAUUCAAGCAAUGCAACAAUGA